GAGAGAGAGAGAGAGAGAGAGAGAGAAGAGAGAGAGAGAGAGAGAGAGAGAGAGAGAGAGAGAGAGAGAGAGAGAAGAGAGAGAGAGAGAGAGAGAGAGAGAGAGAGAGAGAGAGAGAGAAGGAGAGAGAGAGAGAGAGAGAGAGAGAGAGAGAGAGAGAGAGAGAGAGAGAGAGAGAGAGAGAGAGAGAGAGAGCCAGACCACCUUGCUCUGAGGACACCGAGAGCAACAGGUCAUCCGAAUGAAUUUACGAGCGAAAUUAAAAAGUUUAAGAUUAGACACAAUCCAGUCAUCAAUUCGUUCUCUAUACCGAUAAUCCCUCUCAUUCACUUCCAUUAA